CGAAACGUCACAUUUUUGACGUUUACAUAACCCCAAUUCAAAAUCCAAAUUCCAAAUCGAAAAUGUAAAUAUUUUUUAUCACGAGAUUACGCCCGCCGAAAGCAAUAAAGUUUUUUUUUAUUAUUUAUUGUUUACAAUUUGCAGCGCUUUAAUCGGAGAUAUAUCAACAAAAUCGGUAUGCAUUGCGCUCCGUGCAAAUACGCCGUCCAUAAAUUUUAUCUAAUUCCAUAUUGAUUCAACAAAUUAUUCUAAUCAAACGUUUGAACGCAUGAUUAGCUAACAACCAUUGUGAUAAUUAAAUUAAGCGAGCAAAAAUCCAGCAAUCCACUGCAUCAUGAAGUUCGCUGAACAUCUAACGGCCCACAUAACACCGGAAUGGCGGAAACAAUACAUAAACUACGAGGAAAUGAAAAGCAUGCUCUACAUGGCCGUGGAGGAGGCCCCCUCGGAGGAGAGCGUCGAACCCGAGAUAGUCACCCGACACUUGGCCAACUUCGAAGAACAAUUCCUCCUCUACUGCGACAAAGAACUGAAGAAAAUCAACACGUUUUACGCCGAAAAAAUGGCCGAGGCCACCAGGAAGUUCGCCAGUUUGCACAGCGAACUGAAAGACUCGCUCAAUCAAGUCGGCGUGGGCAAGUCCAGGCACCGGCGAACGCCCAUCAGGAAACUCCAGGAGCUCAAACUGGCCUUCAGCGAGUUCUAUUUGAGCCUCAUCUUACUGCAGAACUACCAAACGUUGAACCACACGGGCUUCCGGAAGAUCCUAAAGAAACACGAUAAAUUGUUCUCCACGGAGGUGGGCGCCAAAUGGCGACAGGAACACGUGGAGACCUCGCACUUCUUCACCAACAAAGACAUCGACAAGCUGAUCAACGAUACCGAGAACACGGUCACCAACGAUCUCGAAGCCGGCGACAGACAGAAGGCCAUGAAACGGCUGCGCGUGCCCCCGUUGGGCGAGCAACAAUCCCCUUGGACCACCUUCAAAGUGGGCCUCUUCUCCGGCUCCUUCAUCGUCCUCCUCAUCGCCGUCGUCCUCUCGGCCGUCUUCCACGAGGGCUCCUCGGAGAACAUGAAGAUCGCCUUCCGGCUGUACCGCGGCCCUUUGCUCAUCAUCGAGAUCCUCUUCCUCAUCGGCGUCAACAUCUACGGCUGGCGCUCGUCGGGCGUCAACCACGUGUUGAUCUUCGAGCUCGACCCUCGUAACCACCUCUCGGAGCAGCACCUCAUGGAGCUGGCGGCCAUCUUCGGCGUGGUGUGGGCCCUCAGCCUGUUGAACUUCCUCUACAGCUCGAGCUUGAGCAUACCGCCGUACGUGAACCCGCUGGCGCUGACGCUCAUCAUGGUGGCUUUUCUGGUGAAUCCGUUUAAAGUGUUCCGGCACGAUGCAAGGUUCUGGUUCCUUAGGAUAUGUGGUCGUUGCUUCGGAGCGCCGUUUUUCCACGUGGAUUUCGCCGAUUUCUGGCUGGGCGAUCAGUUCAACAGUCUGGUGAACGCUUUCAUGGAUUUCCAGUUUUUGGGUUGUUUCUACUUCACCAACGGCAAUUGGCUGGAAGCUGGAGAUACCACCCAAUGCAUGGAGAAGAGCUUCAUCGUGAGACCUCUAGUCAAUUGCAUUCCGGCUUGGUUGCGUUUCGCGCAAUGUCUUCGACGGUACUACGACAGCAAGGACGCUUUUCCUCACUUGGUCAACGCCGGGAAGUACUCGACGACGUUCCUCGUGGUGUUGUUCGGCACCCUACGAUCCGUCUACAAAGACGAUUAUCCGACUUCUUCGCACAAUCCUUACAUGAUCCUGUGGAUAGCGGCGCAAAUACUGAGCUCCGUGUACUCGUACACUUGGGACAUCAAGAUGGAUUGGGGCCUGCUGGAUAAAUCGGCCGGAGAGAAUCGGUUCCUUCGAGAAGAAACCGUAUACUCCUCUAAAUUCUUCUAUUAUUUCGCUAUCAUCGAGGAUUUCGUGCUGAGGUUCGUGUGGACUCUAUCCGUGUACUUAACAGAGUACGGUUACGUCAGCGGGGACCUGAUGACGUCGAUUCUGUCGCCGUUGGAGGUGUUCAGGCGGUUCGUGUGGAACUUUUUCCGGUUGGAGAACGAGCAUUUGAACAAUUGCGGUCAGUUCAGGGCCGUGCGGGAUAUUUCGGUGGCGCCGAUCGAUUCGUCCGAUCAGGUGCAAAUCAUCAGGAUGAUGGACAAGGAGGACGGGGUGACGAACAGGGAGAAGGGCAAGAGGAAGAACAAGAAGAAGGAGGAGAAGAAGCCGCUGUUGCAGAACGAGGCGAUCGUUAAUUUUAAAGCCAUACCGCUUACUACUGUCUGAGAUACUGGUCCAUUCCGAUAGAUUAUUGUUUAUUUGUAUACGUUAAGUUUAACGAUAUUUUAAAAAGUAUUUUAUAUAGUAGGGAAUUUUAUUAUUAAUAAAUUGAUAUACACUUUU